UAGAUCUCAUGCUGACUCUACCGACUCCGGCCUCGGCGGGGUCAAGGGCCUUUUAAGCUUGGAGCAACAAACUACACUGACAUUCAGUAAUUCUGGUUUGCCUUUUACUUACCUUUUCCAAUUCAAUCAACCAUCACAAUGGCUUCUAAGCGAGUUUGUCUUGCCUACUCUGGCGGUGCGUUUUUUUUGCUACGCGGCAUAAUGCUGCAUCACCUCGACGACCAUACUAAUGUAAAUAGGUUUGGAUACUUCCGUUAUCCUUGCCUGGCUCAUUGAGCAGGGCUACACUGUUGUUGUAUGUCUAACUGAGUCCUCUGUGGCUAUACUGAGCUAACUGUGACCAGGCCUUCCUUGCAGAUGUGGUAUGUGCACCCGGGUUCUCAACAUUUUGCUACCCCGCCUCGAACACAAGCACUGCGUCCGUACUCGAAAAUACACUCUCACACAGUGUGGAUAAUGGCCUGUUCUUGGAGACGAUAACAAAAAGAGAGGUUUCAUCGGUGUACUUUCUCGCGCUAACUUCAUAACAGGGUCAAAAUGAAGACUACGAAGCAGUCAAGGCCAAGGCUGCCAAGAUCGGUGCCGAACGCAUGAUCAUCCAGGAUCUCCAGAAGGAGCUCGUAGAGGAGCUUGUAUGGCCCGCUGUUCAAUGUAACGCACUCUACGAAGACGCCUACCUCCUGGGCACAUCGUUGGCCAGACCCGUCAUCGCCAGAGCAAUGAUGAAGGUCGCUAAGCAGUACAACUGUGAAUUCUUGAGUCACGGAUGCACAGGUAAAGGCAAUGACCAAGUCAGAUUCGAGCUCGCCUGGAGAGCCCUCGACCAAUCAACAAAGACCAUCAUCCCAUGGCGUAUCCCGGAGUUCUGCGAGCGAUUCGCUGGACGUCAAGCACUUUUGGACUUUGCCGAGUCAAAGGGCGUUCCUGUGACCUCCACCAAGGCCAAGCCCUUUUCUAUGGAUGCCAACCUUAUCCACUGCUCGUAUGAGGCCGGUGAACUCGAACAGCCCGAGCUCGAGCCUAAGGCUGACAUGUGGACCAUGACCGUUGAUCCCAUGAAGGCUCCUGAUGAGCCCACCAGAUUCACCGUCCACUUCGACAAGGGUAUCCCCAUCAAGCUGGAGGUUGGCGACAAGGUCAUCACUGGCUCCUUGGAAAUCUUCAAGGCCGCCAACGAAAUUGGCCGUGCUAACGGUGUUGGCCGUGUCGACAUUGUCGAAUCCCGAUUCAUUGGCCUCAAGAGCCGUGGCUGCUACGAUACUCCUGGCUUGACCAUUCUUCGCACCGCCCACCGAGAUAUCGAGGGCCUUGUCAUGGACUCCAAGGUCCGUGCUAUCCGUGACCAGAUGGUCACCUCGAACUGGACUGCCUGCCUCUACAACGGCAUGUACUUCAGCCCCGAGCGCGAGUUCCUCGAGAACUCCAUCGUCUUCAGCCAGAGACACGUUGAGGGCAAGGUCAACAUGGUUGCCUACAAGGGCAGCGCAUUCGUUGUCGGCCGCUCUAGCGAGACCUCUAACCUUUACUCCGAGACUGAGUCCUCCAUGGACACUCUUGAGGGUUUCUCUCCCAUGGACACGAGCGGUUUCAUUGCUAUCCAGGCUAUCCGCUUGGAGAAGUACGGUGCCCGAAAGAUUCGCGACGGCGAGCCUCUUGCCCCUAUCUAAAUAUUGAUGACAAAAAAGCUUGCUUGCUCAGGAGUGUGAAUGACGCCGCUGCAAGCAUAGCCUGGGGCGUUUAGACAGGGAUAGUGUUCUAAGUUAAAAGCAAAAUCAGACCUAGUAUGGAUGUAAUCAUAAAAUCGUAAUAAAAUCAACCUUUUCGAUUGCCG